AUGUUUGUUUGGUUCCAUCAUUUUCAGUUUUUAGUAAUAAUUGUUGAAGCAUAUUAUUUGCAGCAUUUUAUUACUUCUUCAAUUUCUGGUGACGAAGGUAUAUAUAAUUCUAUGAUUUAGGGUGGUUAAUAAAAAAUCCCUAUAAUGGAGUCUCUGUUCAUACAUUUAUUUGUGGAGGAACAAUAAUGUUUGGGGGAUAUCAGAUAUUUGGAUGCUUUUCAUCAACAAAAACUUCAAUAAUGAAAUAUUUUAGUCUGCCUCCUCAUUAUUAAGUGCUCAUAGAUAUUUACUUUUGGAAGUUAAAUAUUACAAUAUAAUAAGGAUUGAUAAUUGGCCAAGCAAUCAAUAUUUUAAUAUAAGCAUAGAUUAAUAUACUCAUUCUUGGUAUUUUUUAGACAAUACAGGAGGAACAAAUAUAUGUGGUGGUUCUGGUACAGAUUAUAGUACAAGCUUCUACAAUAAUUAUAAUUAGCAUACAUUGAAUUCAAUAAUUGUUGAAUUUAUUGCAGAUUGUGAUAACACAGUAUUUAUUUAUAUUAGAGAGUUUUUAGAACUUUUGGGGUAUAACUGAUAUUAGGAUAACAUUAUAUGAAUGUUACUUAGGAUGUCAAUUUUGUUUAGAUUCAACUAAUGAUUGUAUCUAGUGGAUAUUAUGGAAAUCUUAUUUUGACUAAUAAAAUCUUGAUAAUGGUUUGGAAGGAUGGAUUAAAAACAAUAGAUUUGGUUAAUUUACCUAUUCAACAAAUGAUUGUAAAUAUUUAUAUAAUUAAUAGUUUAAUAUAAAAUGAUUAUCUUAAAUUAAUGGGAUUCAGCCAUAAAAUAUCUUACAAUACCAGAUCAUAGAACAUUGAUAAUCCAAUUUAGAAUUGAAAAUCUUUCAGUUGUACCAUUACGUGUAAGAGUAUAUAUAAAUGAUGAAUAUAAAUAUGGGCUUGUAAGUUAAAACACGUAUGUUGAUUAUAGAACUCCAUAGAUUGAAGAUAAUAAAAAUUCUAUUAAAUUAGAGAUAUAUAGUGUAGAUGGCUAAGUAUGUAUUCGUGAAUUAUAAAUAAUACUUCAAGGACCAAUAAAUUUACAUUCCUGCUUUGAUGAUAAUUUGAUACCUUUUGAUGGUUGUUUUAAUAAUUAAGAAUCAUGUGUGGAGGGAUGUUAAUUUUGUAUUAAAGCAGAAUGUUUAAUGUGUGAUUCUAAAUGGAAUUUUAAUCUAGAAAAUAAAGAUUGUCAACCAUAAUGUGGUGAUUAAUUUAUUACAGGUAAUGAAUAAUGUGAUGAUGGAAAUGAUAUUCCCUAUGAUGGAUGUCAUAAGUGUUACUUUUCUUGCCCUUUAUAAUGUAUAAAUUGUUUAUUUGGCAAAUGCUAAACUUGUACUUCAGAUUAUUAAUAUUUAAAUGGAAUUUGUAUUUAAAAUUAUUAUAAUUUACCUAUUGACUCUUUAAAUGAAGUCUAACUUCAUAUUAAUUAAUUAUCAAAUUAUUAAUUACCAAUCUGUGGAGAUGCUAAAGUUCAAUAAAAUGAACAAUGUGAUGAUGGAAAUAAUUUCCCUAACGAUGGUUGCUAUAAUUGCACUUUUUAAUGUAUUAUUAAUUGUUUGUUAUGUAAUUUUGGAGUUUGUUAAAAUUGUAUACCAAAUUAUGAAUUGAUUAACUAUCAAUGUUUAGAUAAAAAAACACAAUUUGAAUCAGUUAUUUGUGAUACAUCAGAUGAUUACUUGAAUAAAAAUUUUAUUUUAUAAUAUACUUUUAAAAGUAGUGAUUUUGAUAACUAUUAACAUGAUCUUUGUGAUAUUGGGAUAUAAAAAAUUAAUUAUCAAAUUGAAAUUUAAUAAUUAUCAUGUAGCUUAUUUUGCGAAACAUGUUAUUUUGGAUAAUGUAAGAAAUGUAAAGCUGAUCACUUUCUUUUAAAAAAUGAAUGCUUUUCUUAAAUCACAAAAGGUGUACUUUUAUUUGAAGAUGGAAUUCAUGAAAGUUAUAUUGAGAUAGGAUGUUAUAAAUGUGGUAAUAGUUGUUAGAUUCAAUGCCUGUAAUGUUUAGAUAAUUCUUAUUGUCUUUUUUGUAUUUAGGGUUGGUCUCUUAUGAAUGGAAUUUGCAUUGAAAAAUGUGGAGAUAAUUAAGUUGCUCUAUAUUCUUAAGAAGAAUGUGAUUCAAAUUAAAAUGAUUGUUUAAAUUGUAGAUUGAUAUGUCCUGAAAAUUGUAAAUUUUGCAUAAAGUCAUAAGAAUGUUUGAUAUGCAAUGAAUAAUAUAUAAUGAUAAAUAAUAAAUGUUAAUAAUCUUGUUUAACAGGAUGUAAGAAAUGUAUUGAAGGUAUUUGUUAUGAUAAUUGUCUAAAUGGAGAAUUAAAUAUUGAUGGGAUUUGUUAUUCAAUAUGUGGAGAUGGUAUAUAAUAAUAAAAAGAAUAAUGUGAUGAUGGUAAUAGUAUUUAAUUUGAUGGAUGCUAUAAAUGUGAAUAUUCUUGUCCUCUUUACUGUUAAAAUUGUUUUGAAGGAAUUUGUUAUGAAUGUUAGUCAUACUUUUAAUUGAUUGAUAAUACAUGUUAUGAUGGUUGUGGUAGUGGAAUAAAGGCUUAUAAUGAAGAGUGUGAUGAUGGUAAUAUCAUUGAACUUGAUGGUUGUUCUUCUACCUGUCAAAUUGAACUUUAAUAUAAGUGUUAAGAAAUCUCUUUUAGUUAUUCUGAUUGUUAAUAUUCUCCAUCUCCUUACAUGAUAAUCACAUUUUUAAACUAAACUUAUAAUAAGUACUAUCUUGAAAUAACAUUCUCUUAAGCCAUAUAUUUUAAUGAGAAUUAUCUAUUGUAAACUCUUUUUAAUUUUAGCAUCGAUCAAUUAUCUAUUACUGAUUAUUCAAUCAAAUUAUAAUCCAACUAUUAACCACUAAUCAAUUCAAUUCUACACUUUGUAUUUUCAAUUGAAAUUUAGUUCUUUAAUUCUACUAAUAGUAGCCUUAUUAAUCUUAAUAUUCAACUUAAUAAUUAAGCAUUUAAUUAAGAGGAUAUAGAAUUACUCAAUCCAUCACAAUAAAUAUUUCUAAAGUAAUCUCUCUCUAUGAGUUAAUCUGAUAUACAAAAAACAAUAUAACUCACUUAAUCAUAAGAAAUUAUGAUUAUAACUUAAGGAAUUGCUGGAGUUUUUGUUUUAAUCUCUGGCAAUUUUCAAAUCUUUGUUGAAAUUUUAGAUAACCUCUAAUACCAAUCAUAUUUUAAAUAUAUCAAUAUCAUUUAUCCAGAAAAUCUUUACAUUUUUUUUGAAUCCACUACUUUAAUAAGCAUACUUCCAAUUUUUCAUUAUUUUAACAUUGAUCAUCUUUAUUCAUAAUUUUUGUUUUAAGACUUUAUUGAGUCUUAUGCUAAAUUAAAAUUUUACAAUCUAAAUGCUCAUUUAAUAACUAAUUUAGAAUUUUUUUUCAUUUAAGUUAUAUCAACUAUUUUAUUUGUAGUUAUAUUAAAAACUGUUACUUACAUUAGCUUUAAAAUAAUUUAUAAAAUAUAAACUUAACAUUUAUUAGUUUUAAAACUCAGAAGUUUCAAAUCUAAAUAACUUAUACUCGUACUCAAUUGGAUUUAUAAUUUUUUUCAUCAGAUUUAGGUUUUUAUCUAUGAAUUUUAUCAAAAUGGUUUAAUAGAUUUACUAUUGGCCAAUGCCUGGGAUUUAUUAUUUAAAGCGUUUUUAUAAUUAGAAUCUUCCUAAUAUUAAGAUGUAAUUUCACUAAUUUAAAUAGCAUUGUCUUAUAUUAUUCUGGCUGCCUCAGCUACAUUUAUAACUUAUUCUAUUAAGCGUUUCUAUUCAAAAAAAGAAUAUAAAAUAAAUUAUAAAUAUAAGGCUGUUUAUUUACUUAAAUAGUUUUUAUUUUGCUAUUUCUUAAUUUGUUAUCAAAGUAAUUAAGUGAUAUAAUUAUUAUUGUUAACAACAACAAAUAUGAUUUAUUUGAUAGCACUAAUUUUUAUAGAAUUUAAUUUACAAAAAUUAGAUAAAAUAUAACUCGUUAUUUUAGAAAUUUCAAUACUUUCAUUUAUGUUUUCCUCUAUAUUUCAUCUAUAAGAUUACAGAUAUUUAAUUAGUGAAGAAAAUAAAAUCCUUUUAGGUUUUGCAUAAAUUUAUUUGUUGAUUUCCAGUUUACUUGGAAUUUUCAUUAAAUAGAUUAUAAUGAUUUAUUAAUUAAUUAAAAAAAGAUGCCUUAAAAAGAGAAAAAGAAAUUCUGUUUUCAAAAAGGCUACUCACUUAAUUUUUGAAGCUGUUAUGUGA